CUUCCAACAAGGAAAUCAACGAGACGACGGCAGAAACAGAGGAAUUAAAGCAGCGCAUCAUGUAGUACGCGCUCAUUUGUUUGUUUACAUUUUAUACAUAGAAAAUAAAUAAUUAGUAACAAAUAAGUGUAUAUAAAAUAAAUACAACAUUGUUGCAUCUGUGAAAAUUGUUACCGUUAGUACACUUACUUUGGGGCAAUGUGCAUCGAAGCAAUUGAUUUUUACAUAAUUACCAAAAGACGGUGCUUAACGCCGCAAUUUUAAUUGUUUUGUUUUGUGCGUGCUUUUUUUGUGGUGUAUCUACAUAUGCUAAACUUAUAAAAUAUAUGCUAAUAUUCUUGCUGAACGAGUUUCCUUGAACGUGACGUUAUUGCUGCGUUGUGAACAACUUCGAAAUGCUUCCUUAAAAAGGACGACAUGGCGAAUGUAAAGAUGGAGCACAACACAGAUGCACAUAAAGGUGUGCAAAAGCCAUUAGAAGGAAUUUCUUUUGGUGACAGCGCCGAAGGAAUUCAGAGAAAUGAACAUCAUGGCAAUAAGGGAUCAUAUAUAACAAGGGCUAAAAUGAAUCCUGCUAAAAGUGAUAACGAGAAGCGAAGACGGAAAGAUGCAAUGCGAAAGAUAUCAACUAUUUUCAAAAAAUGCGAUUCAUUGUUGACGUCAGAAGAGCGCCAGUUAUGUGAAAAAUAUCCAGAUAUUGUAAAACAAAUAAAAAAACGAAAAGAGCGAGUUGAAAUCUACAAGGACCGCAUCGUUGAAAAAGAAGAUGAGCCGCAUGUCAUAGAAGCGAAGGUAGAGGACUUGGCAGCGAUAAUAGCACAGUCCAAACAUUUAAUUUGUUAUACAGGUGCAGGCAUUAGUACAUCUGCUUUAAUACCAGAUUACCGUGGCAGUAAGGGCAUUUGGACUUUAUUACAAAAAGGUGAAGAUAUCGGGGAGCAUGAUUUAUCAGCAGCAAAUCCAACUUACACUCAUAUGGCACUCUACGAGUUGCAUCGACGACGACUUUUACGUUAUGUUGUUUCGCAAAAUUGCGAUGGAUUACAUUUGCGUUCGGGGUUACCGCGAGCAUCUCUGUCAGAAAUACACGGCAACAUGUAUAUGGAAGUGUGCAAACUUUGCAAACCUGGUCCUGCGGUAUAUUGGAGAUUGUUCGACACCACCGAGAUGACUGCACGGUAUUGCCAUAAAACAAAUCGACUUUGUCAUCGCUGCUCAGAACCACUUUAUGAUACAAUUGUACAUUUUGGUGAGCGCGGGAACCUUAAGUGGCCAUUAAAUUGGGCUGGUGCCUGCCAUCAUGCAGAGAAAGCUGAUGUUAUUUUAUGUUUAGGAUCUAGCUUGAAAGUGUUAAAAAAAUAUACAUGGCUGUGGCAAAUGGACCGUCCAGCAAAACAACGGGCAAAAAUCUGCAUCGUUAACUUGCAGUGGACACCAAAAGAUAGUAUUGCAGCAAUAAAAAUAAAUGGUAAAUGUGAUCGGGUUAUGGAAAUUUUAAUGCGUGCACUCAACAUAACUGUUCCAUUAUACACAAAAGAGAAGGAUCCGAUAUUUGCUCACGCAUCUCUACUUAUGCCAGAGGAGCUACACACGCUAACACAGCCUCUGCUAAAAGGCGGUGGCGAAGUUUUGGACAAAGAUACUGAGACCGCCGAAGAUGAACCUGAAACAUGCACCAGUGCGACCGAAGAAACUUUGGACUCAAUAAUGUCGGGAGACAGUGGUGCGGAUAUGCCGAUAGGCAAAGGGCCGCGUAUACGUACUCCUCUUAAGAGUAGUACCCGUAUAAAAACGAAUUUGAAGUUGAAAUACAAAAUUCCACGUAUAGAAAUCGGAAGUGGUACCCAGAGUUGUGAUGAUGAUGUCAAGAGUGAAAGGAGCGAUAAAAGUUCUACAGAAGCAACAAAAAUUAGUGGUCAAACGAUAUACAAGGAUAAAAUAAAUGGAAAACAAAGUACUCAAAAAGAAGCAAACAUUAAUUUAAACGACGAUGGUUGUUCAUUUGAAAUGGAUUUACAGUUAGAAGACAAACACAAAAUUAAUUGUAUCAAGAAAGAGGUAAUAGACGGACAUUCUUCUAUAAAUGAGAAGUGUGACAAUGAAAUUAUAAAGUCAUUGGCGCAUAGUGACCUGGAUUUUACUAUACCAUUGGAUGAGGACAUGAAACAUGAACACGAAAUUAAAGUGGAAUUUGAAUCGGAAUUCUUAGUUACUAAAUCAACAACUGAGAAUGUUCUAAAUUCUGACGUAAAGAUAGAGGAUGAUGCAAGUUUAACGAACAACAAGUUCACCUUGAACACAAACAGCAAGGUUGCCUUAAAAAAUAUCUGCUCCCUUAAAACGGAAGUCGAUGAAGGGAAAAUAGAUACUAAAGUAGAAGUUAAAACAGAAAUUCCUUUUGAAAUGCCUGCUUUAGUACCCAUCAGGCACAAUAAGUCGAUUAAUGUCGUUAAACCCGAAUUAACUCAGGUUUUGAGCACUAUGGCAAACGUAAUUAAUUCUGACGAUGAUGAGUCCAGUUGUGAGAAUGUUGUAGCCCAAAUGGACAUACUAAAAUUAGCAAAGCAAAAAGCUUUGGAGGGUGCUGGUACACAACGUUACUGGCUAUUACGCAAAUUGCCUUGUUGGUACGAUGUCAAGUAUGCAUAUUCAGGUCUGCAUAGUAUUGUUUAUCCGCCGCCAGCUGAUAUGAAUAUUUGGAACUAUCAAGUAAUACCAAUAUUCGCCAUGAAUAGAUCUGCGGCUGAGUGUGAUUUUUGCUUUGAUAACUAUGCCGAAUUCGAGUGUCAGUUUUAUCGAAAAUGGCAUCUUAAUGAACGUAAACAUAAAAAACGCGCACGCAAUGGGCGUUUUGUGGUAUGUGAGUGCUGUUCAUAUUCAGAUGAAGACGACGAUGACUACGAUGAAAAUAUUUCCUUGGCACACAUAGCAGCAGCUGAGGCGGCCAAACGUCAAUUGCAGCUGAGCAACACUUUCCCCCGCAAAUUGGCGCGCACUCAAGCAGGAUGGUAUGGCAAGGGAUAUCGUAAAGCACGACGACGAAAAUAAAGUUGACAACGGCGAUAGUACAUGAACUUUUUGAGUAUUUCAUAUAAUUUAGGUAGGCAUAAGAAGAUAUACAUAUUUAGGUUUAGCGGCUCUGUGUAACGUGUAUUUGAACAUAGUGUACACAUAUAAGCGCAAGUAGUUUUGUUACGUCUUCCGUAACUGUAUUGCUUAGAUUAUAAUCUAAAAACAUAUUUUAUAACUAAAUGAAUAAGUUUUAAUGUACUGAAAUUUUUACUGGACGAGAUUCAUAACACUUAACUGAAACUCGAAACGAUCGCCCAUACAUAAAACAUAAGUAUUUAUAUUACAUACUUUCAUACGUACAUAUGUAAAUAAGUAAUUUUGUUUUGUUACAAAUGUUAUUGACAUUUUUCGUGGCAGCUUGCUAUAGUUUAAGAGAAUAUAAAUGUAAUAAGCAAAAAAUGGUAAGAAAAUAAACUCCAGCAAAAGAUUAAACGCAUAUAUACAUGUAUAUGAGUAUCUGCAAAGCUUACCCUACAUUA